GCAACACACAAGGACACAUAACAAGUACGACAAACUGAGACACCGAAAGUGUAGAGAGGAUUCAGAGUGAGAAAAAUGGAUUCUCGUUUGGCUCGAAUCAUGCUUCUCAUGGCUUGCAUUCUACCAGCUUUGGUCGAGUGCAGAGUCAGGCACUACAAAUUUCAUGUGGUGGCGAAACAAACCUCUAGAUUGUGUUCAAGCAAAUCUAUUGUCACCAUUAAUGGAAAAUUCCCAGGACCCACUCUUUACGCCAGGGAAGAUGACACAGUGCUGGUCAAAGUCAUCAACCAAGUCAACCACAAUGUUACCAUCCAUUGGCAUGGUGUGAGGCAACUGAGAACUGGUUGGGCAGAUGGACCAGCAUAUGUGACACAGUGCCCAAUUCAACCAGGGAAAACCUAUGUGUACAAUUUCACCCUUACAGGUCAAAGAGGAACACUUCUUUAUCAUGCACAUGUUAACUGGCUAAGGUCAACUCUCCAUGGUGCCUUGGUUAUCUUGCCAAAGAGAGGUGUGCCUUAUCCUUUCCCAAAGCCAGAUGAUGAACUGGUUGUGGUAUUAGGAGAAUGGUGGAAAUCUGAUACUGAAGCUAUUAUCAAUGAAGCACUGAAAUCAGGAUUGGCACCAAAUGUCUCAGAUGCUCAUACCAUUAAUGGCCUUCCAGGGACAGUUACCAAUUGUUCUUCACAGGAUGUUUACAACCUGCCCGUGGAGGGUGGAAAGACCUACCUGCUGAGAAUUGUCAAUGCUGCACUCAAUGAGGAGCUUUUCUUCAAAAUUGCAGGCCACAAGCUUACGGUGGUAGAAGUUGAUGCCACAUACGUAAAGCCUUUCAAGAUUGAAACAAUAGUGAUAGCCCCUGGUCAAACCACCAAUGUCCUACUAAAUGCUGACCAAAAAUCUGGCAAGUACUUGGUGGCAGCAUCUCCUUUCAUGGAUGCUCCUGUUGCUGUUGACAACUUGACUGCCACAGCAACAUUACACUACACAGGCACGCUUGCCACCACUCCCACAUUUCUCACCACCCCACCUCCCAAAAAUGCUACCCAAGUUGCUAACAACUUUAUCAGCUCUCUUAGAGGCCUUAACUCCAAAAAGUACCCUGUCAAUGUCCCACUAACAGUUGAUCAUUCACUUUUCUUCACUGUUGGGUUGGGCAUUAACCCAUGCCCAUCUUGCAAAGCUGCAAAUGGGAGCAGGGUGGUGGCUUCUAUCAACAAUGUCACGUUCCUUAUGCCAACUGUUGCCUUACUACAGGCACAUUAUUUCAACAUCAAAGGGGUGUUCACCACUGAUUUCCCUGCGAAUCCACCCCAUGUUUUCAACUACUCAGGGCCUGGACCAACCAAUUUGAACACCGUAACUGCCACAGUUCAAGUUGUUCUACAAGAUACUGGAAUCAUUGCACCUGAAAACCACCCCGUCCAUCUCCAUGGGUUCAAUUUCUUUGUUGUUGGAAAAGGAGUAGGCAACUACAAUCCCAGUACUGACCCAAACAACUUUAACCUUGUUGAUCCUGUUGAAAGAAACACUGUUGGAGUACCAGCUGGAGGAUGGACAGCAAUUAGAUUCAGGGCAGAUAAUCCAGGAGUUUGGUUCAUGCACUGCCACUUGGAGGUGCACACAACAUGGGGACUAAAGAUGGCCUUUUUGGUGGAGAAUGGCAAUGGUUCUGAGCAAUCAGUGAUACCCCCACCGAAAGAUCUUCCCAAAUGCUAAAUAUGUUACAGUCAUCAGUUAAUUUGCAAUCUACAAACCCUUCCAUUGCUGCAACAAAAAAAAAAAAACAAAAAUCAGAGCUUUGGAGGGAUACAGAGAAGCCAGGCAAAUGAAGAAGAGUAAAAAGAAAAGAUUAUUUAAUAAGCGAAGGCCAGAAUGCUUUUUUCUUUGAGUAAAUAGGAGAAUUUGUUCAAGCACGUUCAAUAAAAUGGAGCGCGCAUUUUGGUUUUCCUCUUGCAAAUUCAAAUUUUCAAGACACGCUAUGUAUGUACCGGAGUCAACAAGUGUACGCUCUUGUUUGUUUCAUGAAAUACAAAAGGGUUAUUUACAUCGUUAAA